AUGCAAACAUUGACUCUCUCACCAGGAGAAAGGACAUUUCAAUGUGAGAUGCUUGCAAGAAAUAUGCGUAUGGAUGGAAGAGAAUUCCUUCAAUCAAGAACUCACGAAAUUGAGUUAAAUCCACUUCCAUUAUCACCAUCUAGCUGCAAAGUAAUUAAAGGACACGGAUACAGCAACACAACAGAAGUAAUUGUUUCAAUCAAUACAGAAGUUGCCUUAAACGAGCACGCAGAGUUUGAUUUAUCAGUCAAAUCUUUACCAGGUGCUUUUGGACCAAAUUUGGAAGAUGCUGAAAUCUGCCAAGUUAUUAAAACAACAAUCAAGCAUUUCCUUGUAAACAGUGAAGUUCUUGAGCCAAAUCAGUUCAUUCUUUUCAACUCUCCUUAUUCCUGGAAGAUCUACAUUGACGUACUUAUCCUUAAGGCUGCUGGUGGCGUCUAUGAAGCAUCUAUGCUUGGAAUCGAAUCUUGCCUUCAAAAUAUCACUUUCCCGGCUUUAAUUGUUACUCCAGGAGAGAGCGCAAAUGAAUUACAUUUUGAUAUCGAUGAAAGCAAGAAGGCAGAACACCUAAUUAAGGUCGAAAAAAUACCAAAACUUUAUACAUUCGCUGCAUAUCAAGAUAAGCUAAUUAUCGAUCCUACACCUGCUGAAGUUACUUCAGUACAGUCUCUUAUUGUCAUUGGAGCUUCAAAAGAUGGUUCAAUGCUCGGUAUGAAUCAUUUCGGUGAAUCAGGACUUCGUGAGUCACUUCUUGGCCAAAUUACUGAGGUUGUUAAGUCUCUUAGUGCUUAA